AUGUGGCUCGUUCGAGUCUUCUCGUCGGCCCUUUUCCUCGCCGUGACCGUAUCCUCCAUUCCUCUCGCUUUCGAUGUCGGCGGCAAGACGUGCGGUCUGGCCUUUUCGCUAUCCCUGGCCACCUUCUACUUCCUCUUCUCUCUGCUGAGGCUUACGACACCUGAGCGCUCCUGGGUCCGUUCCUCCCUCGUCACCGUCAUCCGAUGCACACAGUGGAUCCUGAUUCCGAUCCUGUUGAUCUGGUCUCUUAAUCGCUUCUCGGUCGACACGGACAGCAACGGUGGAUGGGUGGAGCGCACCUUCAGCGGGAAGCGGGCACAGGAUAGCUCCGUUCAGGAGUGGCUCUUCGGUCGCGAUGGUCUGGUCGAGAGAGUGACCCUGGGCAACUGGGACCGACUUCUGAGAUGGUCGACUCCCGUCUUUCAACUGGCGGAAGGCUUUUGCAGUUUACUAGUGAUCCAGGCCGCUGGACAGAUUACUCGCUGGCUCGUGAACCGAGGUGGACGAAGCGACAGCUGGAUGAUCGGUCUUUUGGUCCUUUCGGCCACCAUCAUCUCCAGCUCGGUCUACUUCCUCUGGCGUGUUCUUCAAUUCCCCGAGAUCUCCAACGUGGAUGCCGCUCUGAUCGGGGUCUCCGUUACAUGCGCAGUUAUCCUGUGCGCCUGGGGCAUUGGCAGUGGGCGCGGAAACCCCGUAGAGAGCUCUCUGCUCUUUGCCUAUGUCGUUCUCUGCAUCUAUCAGAUCUUCACGGACUAUCAGCCCUCGUACCCAGUGGAGCAUGUUCCUUCGCCUUCUCAGGCUGGCGACUUUCCCCCGCUCCCGCCCAUUAUCAUGGCGUCGUACACCACUCUCAUGCAUGCGCUAUCCCUGCUGCCAUCGAUCAUCCAUGCGGCGUUUAACGUGAUCAAUGCUGUUUUCAGUGCCGUGACCCCAUCUGUUCUGAUCUCGCUCGCCUAUCGGUUGCUGGUGUUGUAUGCCUCGACGCGAAUCAUCCCUGCCGUUCGAGAGUCUGGGGCUCGCGCUCUCUCUCAAGAAGCCUCCCUCGAUGACUCAGAUGCCGCCGGUCAGCUUUUGGGCUUCUUGAGCUACUUCGCACCGACUAUCCUUAUCGCAGUCUACACCAGUCUUUUGAUGCAGCAUUUCUCGUCGACCUCGCAAGCCAUGGGAGGCAACGGCGAGUGGUGGAGCAGCCAAGGCGCCGGCGGGGGCAAUAUGUGGAGGUGGAUCAAUCUGGCCUGCACGACGGCACUCUAUGCAGUCGAGCUCUGGCUCGGAGAACAUGAUGACCUCGACAACGGCCUGGCCGGCCACUGGAAAACCGACUGA